UAUGAUUUCGAUGUUGGAAGCUGGAAACAACAAAUUUUGAAAUACGGUUUUUUAAAAGAUUUGAGUGUGAGGUAACAGACGCACGAACUGGAAUCCACGCGCGUACGCAAACAAUGAGGGAAGGCAGUGCUUCUCUUUUGCAAUUAAAGAUUAUGUUGGCUAAGAAAUGAAAAAAUAUGAAGAGCCCUUGACACGAGUAUAUAAGUAAAAGAAAUGAUAGAAAGUGUUAUCAUUUGCGUUGGAUACACUCAACCGUUAAGGUCAGACAUAGUCAGUCAUAACUGGGAUUAAAUAACAGACCUGACAAAAUGAAAUUUUUCCUUUGCCUAUUUGCAUUGAUUUGUGCAUGCAAUGCUACGUUGCUUUCCUUGCUGGGCGGUGGCGGAGGAGGUGGUGGUGGCUCAACAACUACAUACGAUGUAGUAGCUAGACCGAGUCAUGGAGGAGUAGGUGGACAUGGUGGUCAUGGUGGUCACGGUGGACACGGUGGUGUAGGAAUUAGUGGCGGUCAUGGCAGUUAUGGUGGUCAUGGUGGUCAUGGAAGCUACGGAGGUGGCCACGUUGCUGCAGCUCCACAAGUUGUUAAAGUAAUACUUUCACAAGGUCAAGGUUACUCCGGUGGCGGCAGUGUUGGUGGCAGCAUUGGAGGCGGUUAUAGUCAUGGUGGUGAUAGUUAUGCUGGUGGCCACGGUUAUGCUGGAGGUCAUAGUUAUGGUGGUGCUUCGGCUGGUGGCUAUACACAAGUGUAUAAAGUUAUCGAGGAAACUGCACCCGCAACUGGUAUCGCAUACUCUAGUGGUGGCUCCUAUGGCGGCAGCUAUGGUGGUGGUCAUUCUGUUGGCGGUUCUUAUGCUUCUGGACACUCUUAUGGUUCCCAUGGUAUCUCUUCGCAAUUAGAUGCUAUUUUACCACAAAUUUUACAAAUAGUGUUACAAGAUAAUGCCUAUGGCGGUGGGGAUGAUGGGGCUUUCAAUGCCCAAUUGAUUGAUCAUUUUGGACUAAAGGGUAAAGCCACUGUAAUGCGUAGCAAAGGAGCUCAAAGCAGUUAUUUCAAGGGUGGACAUGUAGUGCAAAAGGGUACUUUACAAGUUACAAGAGUAGAAAACAAUGGUGGUUCAGUACAAGGUGGUGGUCAUGGAGCCCAUGGUGGUUCCGGUGGUAUUGGACAAAGUCAUGGUCAUGGCUCAUAUGGACCACCUGCACAUCCGCCACAUCCACCAGUCAGCAGUUGGUAGUUGCGUAGCAUAUAUUAUGCAUGUGAUUUUAGUUCGUAAUUUAGGCUGAUUUAAAUUGAUAGCAGAUAA